CGCCCUUCUUAUUUGAUUCCUCUUCAGGUUGAUGGCGGCGUUUGGAGGAUGAUGCGAGCUUUAACCAAAUCAUCUGAAGGUUUCUUUGCAUUAUGGAAAGGCACUCUAACUUCAUGUAUUUUCGAUAUCGCCUUUUCAACAUUGCAACCAUUAGCAUUAUCAAGUCUAUCAGCGAUAUUCUUGCCUUCAAACACCCUAUCAUUCUUACCAAUCCAUCAAUUACCACACCCAUUUAAGCCCCUCUCUGUUCACGUUCUAGCGCAUACAUUAACCUCAAUUGCACUCUCACCACUUGAUUUGGUACGGACGCGAAUGAUAGUACAAGCCACAUCAACCACUAGUUCUAACGUCUCUAGACGAGCAUAUAGCGGUCCAAUUGAUGCACUUCGUAAGAUAUCAAGUCAAGAAGGUGGUUGGCAAUCCAUGUGGACUCAUCCAAACCUAUUAUUCCCAACAAUCGUAGAAUCAUCAUUGAAGUCAUUAUUACAACUCUGUGGUCCACUAAUUAUUGAAAGAUUAUUGGGUGUAUCAAUCGAUAGCCGUCCAGCUACAUACGCGAUCUGUGAAUUACUAUGGUCAAUCGGUUCAAUGACUCUCAGCUUACCACUUGAAACUGUGAGAAGACGUUUACAAAUACAGGAUAGGUCAUUAGUUAAAAUGCCACAAGCUGGUAAAUUCACUCCAUGCGUAGAGACACGUCCAAUACCUUCUGCUGGUAUCGUUGAAACUAUCUAUAGGAUAGUGACUGAAGAAACAUCUGAAUCAACUGAUAGUAGAUGGGCAGGUUUCAAAUCAUUAUUUAGAGGUUUCACUAUGGGUACCAGUGCAAGUUCCCUCGUAUUCAUCCUAGGUAUGUUUGGUGGCGUGGAUGCUGCUGAAGGUUGGACGGAAAUCUAG